GAAUACAAAGCAGAAUUGCAUUUCAAAUGUACCCGAAUUGCCGAGGCUCUGGCCAAGUCGCACAAUUGCACAAUUAAUCCGGAUGUGAUAUGCUUAUUGACUGAGUUAGUGUUUCGCUAUCACCAAGUACUAGCCACAGAUUUGGAAUGCUUCGCCAAACACGCGAAACGAACGACCAUCACCGUUGAUGAUGUGCUGUGCUUUGCGCGUCGGAAUCCGCAGUUGGUUCAGGCACUCAAUACACAUCGUCAAAAUCAGCAGCAGCAGCAACCACAACCGAAUGCUCAAUCAUCUCAUGCAGCCACGAAGAAAUCUGCCAUCAACUCAAAAUCUGCUGGUCUUCCGUCAGUCAUGAUAAAGCCCAAAACGAGCGAUGAUAAUGUGCCAAUGGAAACACCACGAACAGACGAGGAUUUGCUGAUCAAAUGUACAUCCACUCCACCAGACGCUGUGCAGGCUGAGAGCCUGACCGAUUGGUUUGUUGAUCUGGAGUGA